AUGAUUUCCAUGAACUCGUCUUCAACAGAGGAACCCUUCACUAAAGCCGUUGAGCUGAUGAGCCACAAGAGAACCCUGCACUUCACAUUGAGGAACAGAAGAGGUGGUGAGCCCAUGAGGUCGUCUAUGCUGGCCCUGCUCUUCCUCGUCAGUGUCCAGGCAGUGUCCAGGAUCAAGCAGCAGGAAGCAGGCGGCUCCAUCCCCACAGUGGAUUCUAAACUCUUCAGAAGGAGACGCCACCACUCACCCAGGGUGCUUAUCAGCGCCCAACCACCGGCUGCGGAGCCCGCGGGGUCCCGGGCCAGCAGGAGGAGCCGCCAAGCAGGGCCCCAGCACAGGGGCAUGUACUCAGUGUGUGACAGUGUCAGCAACUGGGUGGGGAACAAGACCAAAGCCACAGACAUUAAAGGGAUUGAGGUGACAGUGUUGCCAGAUGUAAAGAUCAACAAUGUGACCAAAAAGCAAUAUUUCUUUGAGACAACAUGUCACACCUCACACUCGGGGGCCUCAGGCUGUUUGGGAAUAGACUCGAGACACUGGAACUCCUACUGCACCAACUCCCACACUUUUGUUCGGGCGCUGACCUCUCACGACAACCUGGUGGCCUGGAGGCACAUUCGCAUCAAUGUUGCAUGUGUCUGUGUGCUGAGCCGCAAGUCAUGGCGGCAAUAA